CCGAAGGCGAUUUUCCUUUGGCCUAAUUUUGGCGGUAACAGCAAAAUCAAUCUCAGAAGAGAGAAGGGAAGCGAAACGCAGUGAGUGCCCAACCCCAAAAGUAAAAGUCUUUAACAAUGGCCGAAAAAGAAGGUGAUCAACCUCAAGCUCACGUCGUCGCAGAUAUCACAGAGCAAGACCAAGCUUACUCGUGGCCUGUCAUUCGCUUCGAUGUCCCUCCCAACAGAACCUACCAUUUCUGCCACCAGUUCAGGAACACCCCAAACCCUAACAACUUCCUCAAGUCCCUCAAAUGGUCUCCUGAUGGUUCGUGUUUUCUGACUACCUCCGAUGACAAUACUCUUCGUCUCUUUAUGCUACCACCGGACAAUGGCUGUGAUCAACUUAGUAAUAGUGCGUGUUCUGUAGCUGCUGAUGAAGACUCGUUUGCCGCAAACCUUGUCGUGAGUGAAGGAGAGUCUGUGUAUGACUUCUGUUGGUACCCUUACAUGUCUGCUUCAGAUCCAGUUACCAAUGUUUUUGCGAGCACAACUCGGGAUCAUCCAAUUCAUCUUUGGGAUGCUUCUUCUGGCGAGUUGCGUUGCACAUACCGUGCUUAUGAUGCUAUGGAUGAAAUAACAGCUGCCUUUUCAAUUGCAUUCAAUCCCUCUGGAACAAAGAUUUUUGCUGGGUACAACAAAUCUGUUAGGGUGUUUGAUUUACAUCGCCCAGGUAGAGAUUUUCAACAGUUUUCGACUGUUCAGGGAAAUAAAGAAGGCCAAACAGGAAUACUAUCUGCAAUGGCCUUUUGCCCAAACCAUACUGGAAUGUUAGCAAUUGGUUCUUACAGCCAGACUACUGGAAUAUAUAGAGAAGACAAUAUGGAACUCUUGUAUGUAUUGCAUGGCCAAGAAGGUGGGAUUACACAUGUCCAGUUUUCUAAAGAUGGGAAUUACUUAUAUACCGGCGGACGCAAGGACCCCUAUAUAAUGUGCUGGGAUACACGCAAAGCUGUUGAUGUUGUGUACAAGCUAUAUAGAUCAUCAGAACACACCAACCAGAGGAUACUGUUUGAUAUUGAAACGCAGGGCCGACAUCUUGGUACAGGUGGUCAGGGUGGUUUUGUUCAUAUAUAUGAUCUUCAAACUGGGCAAUGGGUAUCAACCUUCCAAGCUGCAUUAGAUACUGUUAACGGGUUCUCUUUCCAUCCAUUUUUGCCAAUGGCUGCCACAUCAUCAGGGCACCGUAGAUUUAUUGCCCCUGAUGAAGGCAACGAGGAUUUGCAUUUGCGUGGUGAGGAAAACUGUGCUUCUGUGUGGAGUUUUUCUUUCGACUCAUUGGCGGGGAAUGACGUUAAUAUCAAUUGUCAAGACUCGAGUCAAUCCGAACCUGCGAACCUCAACAAAAAUUCUUGAACGGUCCUUGUGUCUAAGCGUGUUCAUCACAUCACAUGAUUUCAUUAACCUUUAGAUAUUAAGAAAAAGGCUAUUUUGUCAAAUGAGACAUUUUCAUUUUAGUACCUUGUGUUAU